AUGGAGAAGGAUAAUUUUGAGAGUGAUAGAGGCCAUUCAAUUUAUAGUAUUUUCACUGACCAAGAAAAAGUGCCAUGUUUUGGAAACGAUAAUUUGAAUUCAAAGACAGUCUAUGGUUCUUUAGAAGAUACUGGCCUUGACUUAAAGGUUAUGAGAGAUGUGGAAAAUUAUUUGGGGUAUUCAAGUGGUAUGGAUGAAUUAAAACAAUUGGGGUAUGGGACCUCAAAUCCAAAGUUGACAGGUAUUACAACCAGUGUAAUCCGAAUGGAUAAAGUGAAGGAAGAAAAGCCGGCUCAAAAUGAACAAGGUCUGAAGAAGUUGAACCAUAAAGUUUUUAAGAACGAGGGGUUUUUUGAUAUCGCCAAAGAAAUUAAACUAAAAAAGUUAAGUUAUUCACAUUUCAUUCCACUUCAUCAACUUUGGAAGCAGUAUAUUAAGGGACUAACGGAGUCAAGCUCAACAUAUGGUGGUUCUAGUGGUGCCACAGGAGUAAGAGGAGGAAUCAGGUUUUCUCAAUUAUCCCAAAGUAUUUCCCAAGCAGAUUUACAUGGAAGUAUAAUGAAUGUAAUUUCUAGCAGAAACAAAAGCUGUGUAAAUAUUCAAGGAAUUGUUGUUAAGGAAACCAAAGAGACCUUUGUAAUCAUUUCUACUGAUAAUAGGGUGAGAACCAUUUUAAAAAACCAGAGUAUUUUUGGAAUUGUGAUUUUUAAUGAUUACAUAAUAACUAUUUAUGGUAGUCAACUUUGUUACCAUCCAUGUGAAAGAAUUAAACAUAAAUUUAGACAUAGAGACUCUUUGAAUAUCAUUCCCUAA